UGGGUUUUCCAGCCUGCUCCUCCCACCAGAGACAACCUCCCGCUGCCUCUCCGCCGAGCGCUGCACACACGGCUCCGCCGCGGCGUGCGGGACGGCGGGCAGGGCGCUCCGCUCCGCUCCCGCUGCCGGGGGAAGCGCCUCGGGCCGCCGCCGCCGCUCCGUCCAUGGGCCGGGGCCGCCCCGCAGCCCCCGCCGGCGGGCCAUGAGCGGGCUGCGGCGCCUCCGCGGGGGCUGCCGGCCGCCGCAGUAGAGCGCGGGGCCGCGCCGUCCCUUCCGCGCCGCCGCAUGCUGGUGGGGCGCGUCCCGCGGCGGGGCAGCCCCGCGCCCCCCGCGCCGCCCCUCCGCAGCCGCCGCCGCCGCCGCGCCGCGAUGCCGGCGGCGGGACGCGGGCAGCCCGCCUCCUGGCUCCUGGUGCUGGGCGCCGCCGCCCCCGCCCUCUGGCUGCGCUGCGUCCUCGCCGACUUCACGGUGGACAACGAGGUGCACUCCAGCUUCAUCCACCGGCGGCUGCGCGGCCCCGAGCGCCGCGAGAUGCAGCGGGAGAUCCUCUCCAUCCUCGGCCUGCCGCACCGCCCGCGGCCCCACCUCCACGGCAAGCACAACUCGGCCCCCAUGUUCAUGCUGGACCUCUACAAUGCCAUGUCCGUGGAGGAGGGGGCGGCGGGGGCCGCCGCUGAGGAGGGCGAGGGCUUCUCCUACCCCUACAAGCCCAUCUUCAGCACCCAGGGGCCGCCCCUGGCCAGCCUGCAGGACAGCAACUUCCUCACCGAGGCUGACAUGGUCAUGAGCUUCGUCAACUUGGUGGAGCAUGACAGAGAGUUUCACCAUCAGCGCUGCCACUACCGAGAGUUCAGGUUUGAUCUCUCCAGAAUCCCAGAGGGGGAAGCGGUGACGGCUGCUGAGUUCAGGAUAUACAAGGAUUACAUCCGCGAACGCUUCGACAACGAAACGUUCCAGAUUAGCGUCUACCAGGUACUCCAGGAGCACCCGGGAAGGGAUUCAGAUUUGUUCCUGCUCGACUCUCGAACAAUCUGGGCCGCAGAAGAAGGGUGGCUGGUGUUUGACAUUACUGCAACCAGUAAUCACUGGGUGGUGAAUCCCCAACACAAUCUUGGCCUCCAGCUGUCGGUGGAAGGUGUCGAUGGGCAAAGCAUCAAUCCCAAACUGGCGGGUCUUAUUGGAAGGCACGGCCCGCAGAACAAACAGCCGUUCACGGUAGCCUUCUUCAAAGCCACCGAGGUCCAUCUCCGCAGUAUUCGCUCCACGGGAGGGAAGCAAAGGAGCCAGAAUCGAUCGAAAACACCAAAGAACCAGGAAGCUUUCCGUGUGUCGAACAUCGCAGAGAACAGCAGCAGCGACCAGCGACAAGCCUGCAAGAAGCACGAGCUCUACGUCAGCUUCAGGGACCUGGGGUGGCAGGACUGGAUCAUCGCUCCCGAGGGCUACGCUGCGUAUUACUGUGAAGGAGAAUGUGCUUUCCCAUUGAAUUCGUACAUGAAUGCUACAAAUCAUGCCAUUGUACAGACACUGGUUCACUUUAUAAACCCAGAGACUGUGCCGAAACCCUGCUGUGCUCCUACACAACUCAAUGCCAUCUCAGUGCUCUAUUUCGAUGACAGUUCCAAUGUUAUCUUAAAAAAAUACAGGAACAUGGUGGUACGAGCAUGUGGCUGUCAUUAGAUUUGUAGGAAAGAAAAAAAAGUUAUUUGUAAAGAGUGGUUUUGUAUGGCUAUGUGGGGGAAGGGAAAAGGUUAGCACUCCAGCAAUGCCUUUAAAAAAAAAAAAGAAAAUCCCAAACAGUUUUUAGGACUGGGCUUCUGAAAGUUCAGACAAUGGAACAGUUUCUGGAUCUAAGUGGCAUUUGAACACAUUUUGUUUUAGUUUGUUAUAGACAAUGAGCUUGUAAACUGAAACAAGCCAGAGAAACCAUUUAAAACCAAAUCUGCCUACAAAAUUGGCUCCUGCAAUACAUACUUUUACAAAUGAGUCUUUCUGAAGAUUGCAAACUCACCAGUGUUGAUUGCGAGUUAAAAAGUAAUAAUCUAUCCAAGGUGAGAAUGUGCUGUGACUAAUAAGCAUGUGUAGUUCCUGUAACACAGUUUGCAAUAAAAUAAGUGAACAAAAUAUACCUGGAGUGAACAGGUAUUUUGUUAGAGAAUUAUUACUUCCAUUCCUCUGUUUGCUUCAAUUUCAUGAGCAAAAGCAAAGAUUAAUGACAUGCAACUUGCAGUUUUAAACUAUAGUAGCAAAAGCUGUAUCUGGAUUGACGCAAAUUCAAAGGACAGAUUGAUUUAAGGAAAAAAAAAAAGAAUUUUCUAAUUGGCAGAAGAUUGAGAGAAUUGAAGAAAAUUUCAAAGAGCACAACUUUUUGGGUAUACUUUUUUCUGUCAACAGGGAAGGAGAUUUCCUCUAGCAACUAGAAAGAAUUUGAAUUUGCUAUAAACUCGAAACAGGAAAACAGCAGAAUGUUAGCAAACAGGGAUUCAACCUAACGUUUAGCUGGGGUAUCCUAAGCAGUUAUGGAGUCGCGAAAGCCAGCUAGAGAGUCCUGCUCCUGUCUGGGAAAUGUCCGUUGACUUCCCUGACAGAACAGGUUCCAAUGCUUUUUUGAAAACGCGGAGGCUCAGGCGCGGAAGGUGCCGCGAGCUGGGACGUACACCCAGAACCACACAGACUCAGCUAGAGACAAGCUAGGAAACCUUACUUCCCAGGGUCAGUGUUUAUGACAAACCCCUGCUCCAUUAUUGGCUUCACCUUAAAAAAUAAUUUAAAAAAAUCCCUUUCAAGAGCCACACCAACAAGCUGGAACCAGGAGCAAGAAAACGUCCCCUCAAGGCUUUUCUUUUUCCUUCUUUUAAAGUCACGGGUUACACAAACAUCACACUUAUGUAAUUAAAACUCAAUUAAAGUUGUUGUGAAUAAGAAUACAAAGUAGCAGUAACCAAUCACAAACCAAUUCAACACUUGGGCAUACGUCGCGAUUACAAAAGUAGGAUUGGCAUAAAUUCCACCAGAGAGAGAAAAAAGAAAAUUCUGUUCAGUAAAACACCAGGUCCUCAGCACACCCAGCUCUAAAUCUCCAAACUUCAAAAACCUAAACCUCCAACAGAUGGAUCCAGAACAUCAUAAAUCCCCGGAGAUGGUUCUCUCUAGGCAGCGAGUGGACCGGGCGAUGCAGCUGCAGCGGGAACGUGGCUCCGUGUCUCGCCUUAGAGAAGGGUUAGAGAAAGAAGAUAAAUGAGCGCAACCGCCCAAUUCUGGAAAUCACUCGCUGCUCUUCUUCCUUUAAGUCACAGAUCAAAUCCAGACCAGAUGCCUCGCUUUACAAAGAAUAAGCAAAGGAAGAAAAAAAAGUUACCAUCUAU